CGCGGAUGAGAGCAGCUUAGCAACACUGACACGGAGCCUCUCCUCUCCUCUGGAGCGUCAGACAGCGCGGUGCCACACAGAGCAGGACGGAGAGAGGACAACAGCACAGCAGCGCGUCUCGACAACAUCUCCGCGCUUCAUCCGCGUGUCUGACUGUUGGCCAUUGCUCUCUGUUGCUCUCCUCCGGGAUCAAUAAGGAAAAAAACAAUAGGUUGUAUUGACCUCGAGGUAGCGGUGGUUUUUCAUCCGCAGUCAUCAUGAAGUUCAUGGUGGUGCUUGUUGGAGCGGGCGCUCUGGCCUUCCUCGGCGCGGUCAUCUGCAUCAUCGCCACGGUCGGUCCGCGGAAACGCGCCGCGCCUCUCGACGACAACGGCACGCUGACAUCGGAGACGCUGCUGCAGCCUCUGGAUCAGCUGGAGUCCGGAUCCGUGGCUCACGCCGGGCCGCUGGGCGCGCUCCACGGCGCCGAGUCCUACGACGGAGGGAACGGACUCGGCGGCAUGGGACUGGAAGUGCCCACUCUGAACGAGCUCAACCUCGGCGAGGAGACGGGAGGAGGCUCCGCGAAGCAGUUCAGCUUCAGCCGGUUGAUCUGCACACCUGUACCCGUGGGAGAGUGUAACACCAAGGAUCUGAGGCAGCGGCGGGAGCAGCAGCAGCAGCAACAACAGCAACAACAGCAGCAGCAGGCGGAUGAGCCGCUGUACGGAACCGGGGAUGAAGACUGGAAUUAUCUCCGCACCACCGCGGAGGAGCUCCGGCAGACGGUGCUGCAGCAGAACGACCAGAUCCUCAUGGACCAGAGGACCAUCCAGGAGCUGACGGGGAAGCUGGGCGAGUGCGAGAGCGGCCUGGAGGGUGACAGUAACAUCCCGGAGCGCGGCAUCGGCGUCUGGAGCGGGAAUCGGCGCGUCAUGGCCGGAGAUGAUGUGAGCUCCUCCACCGCGGCGCAGCUGCAGACGGCGCGGGCUGUGGAGGAGCUCGCGAGGGCCAUCAUGGAACUGAAGGACCGCAUUGAGAAACUGGAGGCAGAGAUCGGCCCGGCUGCCCUGAACCUCACCGACACUUCCACCAGUACAAGUGGCAGCGGCAGCAGCAGCAGCAGCAGCAGCAGCAGCAGCAACACCGGCAGCAGGAGCCCGGUUGGUAACACUGUCAAGGCUCCUCUUCCUCCUCCUCCUCCUCCAUCUGCCAGCAGAGCGUCCUCCUCGCCUCCAGCUCCUGCACCAGCACCAGCCGGCCACCGCCCGGCCUCGCCUGCGUCCCCUGCCCACAAACACCCAUUGAAGGUUUCGCCCGGGCGCGGGAAGGGCACCUGGAGGGUGGAGGACCUGGAGGGGGAGCUGGAGAGGAAGAUAAAGAUGCUGGAGAAGGAGCGUCAAGCCAUGAGGAAAGAGACCCAAGGUCAACACGAGAAGAUCAAUCAGGGUAUCGACACCGUCAACCACCGCGUCACCGAGCUAGAACACACUCUGACAGAACCACCCUUCCCUGAUGGCUUUGUCCUCUCCUUUCCCAUGCGGACGGACUACAUGUACGGCCUGGUGAGAAAGGAGAUCACGGAGAUGUACGCCUUCACCGCCUGUUUGUGGUUGAAGGCCAAAGAAGGAGGCAUCGGAACCCCCUUCUCCUACUCAGUGCCUGGGCAGCCUAACGAGCUGGUGCUGCUACAGGGAGUCCACAAUCCUGUGGAGCUGCUCAUCAACGACAAGGUGGCGCAGCUUCCUCUGUCCCUACCACAGGACGAGUGGCAGCACAUCUGUGUCAGCUGGACCCUGAGGGACGGUGUGUGGAAAGCUUACCAGGGAGGGAAGAUGAAGGGCAGGGGUGAGGGACUGGCUGCCUGGCAUCCCAUCAAACCAGGAGGAGUGCUCAUACUAGGACAGGAACAGGAUACAUUGGGUGGACGUUUUGAUGCCUCCCAGUCCCUGGUCGGUGAGCUCUCCCAGUUCAACCUGUGGGAUCGGGUGCUGAAGCCGGCAGAGGUGGCCGCCCUGGCUGAGUGCAGCUCCUCGGCACUUGGCAACAUCGCCCCCUGGACCGACCAUGAUGUAGAUGUUUAUGGUGGCGCAACCAAGGAGUCCCUGGACCCCUGCCACGCUGCCCAGAGAUCCAAUCCUCCCAGCCCGAAACAGUGAAGGGCCACUGGGAGAAGUGGGCCACGCGAUGGCCGGGUUUGAAAUGUCGAUUUAAGAGUUGAUUCAGGAGCUUAAAGGCAUAUCAUAUUGGACAUUACAGUAUAUUUAUUUGGCGGUGGUUGGAGACCUUUAUGGUGGACAGUGAGAUGCGGCUCCCAGGCCGUUCAGAGUCGUGUAUCUGUUUUGUGUUUUUGUGUUGGUGUUCACACUUACUUCUGCAGUGAGUUUAGUCACAGGAUCACCAUAGUGGAGGCUGCAUGGGAGGAUCAACUUGUGGCAUGAAUGCGACAAAUGUGGAAGACUUCCACAAGAGAUGAUUGACUUGGCUUUGGUUAAAUGCACCAAAUAAUCAAAUAACCAAUAGUUGGGCCAGUAAACUAUACAUGGUUUUUCAGGAAGAGCUGGGUUUGAAUGCAGUUAUGAAAGAACCUUUAAUGAUGCCAUAGCUAAGCAUUUUUCUUAAUUUUACAAAAAAAAAAAGAUUAAAAACUGUCUUUCCUCAUGUCCAGCUGCUUAAUGCUAAAACUGAUUUAGAGGAUGGUAUCGUGGUAGUGCUGAUUCCAGCACUCGGAUGAGUUUUGUUGAUUUUUAUCUGUAUAUGAUCCCGUUGAGUAACGUCUCUGUGCGUUUAAGUUUCCUAUAUUGCAUACCAUGAUCUGGUAAAACAGUGGUCUUAUAAAUGUACAGUAUAUCGUGUAUUGUAUCUCUGCUAAUGUUGUGCCAGUCU